UCUCUGCUAAAUUAUGAAAUACAAAUAUAUAAAGGAAAGAAUGAUAGAUCCACGAAAACAAAACAAAGGCUUUCCUCUUUUUAUUCUUUUGUCCUCUUAAUAAAAAGCUUUCUGUAUAAAAAAAAAAAACCUAGGGUUUUGUUUUACAGAUUUCGAGGUAAUCUCUUCUGGCCAAUGCUAUUUGUUUGGGAAUUUGGGAUUGAAGUAUUAGAGAAGACUGAUUUCCAUGUCUUGGGCUGGCCCUGAUGAUAUCUUUCUCUCCACUUCUCUUGCCACCUAUCUUGAUAAGAAACUCCUUGUCCUGCUCAGAGAUGGCCGAAAGCUUUUGGGAUUAUUGCGUUCUUUCGAUCAAUUUGCUAAUGUUAUUCUAGAAGGAGCUUGUGAGCGAGUUAUCGUUGGAGAUUUGUACUGUGACAUCCCCUUAGGUCUAUAUGUAAUCCGUGGGGAGAAUGUUGUCUUAAUAGGAGAGCUGGACUUGGAAAAGGAGGAGCUUCCCUCACGUAUGAAUCCUGUAUCGGAAGCCGAGAUUAAAAGGGCUCAGAAAGCAGAACGGGAAGCAACAGACCUGAAGGGAUCCAUGAGGAAAAGAAUGGAGUUCCUUGAUUUUGAUUAAUAGAUCCUGUCAUUUUGUUAGUGUUUCAUGCCAUCGCAAAUAUUAGUGCAACUCUGACCCAAGUUUUAAACGAGGGUGGGGAUAGGCAUGAAAGUUCAUACUUCAUUUCUGUUGUUGGAGGAAGCUGGAAUAAGGAGGAAACUUAACCACUUCGGAAGAGCGUCUCAGCUAAGAGGUUGAGGAUAGGAAGUUUAUUCUUUUACGUUCUUAAGUAGCAAUGAAGAUGAUUUCCGGAUACCUCCAUAGAACAGGCAAUAACUCUUAAGUGCAUUAGCUAGCUACAUAAGGUUCUCCAAUCAGUUAAAGGAUUUUGAACAUUGGAUGUUUAUACCCAAAACUUUCUUUGCUCCCUUUGGUUUAGUUUCUCUUUACUUCCUUCCUAGGCUUCUACAGUUCAUUUGUUUGGAAGUUGCUCAAAGUUUCCAUGGUUUGUUGCUUUGUGCCACGUUUUCUAAUGGCAGUUUCACGUUCAUUUUAUAUGUACCCCUUUUAGCUAUGUUUGAUGAUCAUUUGAUGCAGAAGUUUCUUCAAUUUCUCUUA